AUGACGUGUCCCGCUGAUCUCCUUCUCGUCAUCGCGCUUCUCCUUUCCUCAACGUGUCAAUGCCUAGCUGCCCACCCUCGUUCCCUCUCUUUGCAAUCGAUUGCAGCGCCCACCCCCAAGUCCACGUCGCUCUACAUCGUGCGCCUGCGCUCCGCCCUUCCGCUCGCCGCGUAUCGCGGCGGGAUAGCGAGCUACUCGGGAUGGACGGACGACGACGGCGAAGAUGAGGAUGCUGGUCCGUCAGGUCUGCGGGCGACAGCGGCGACAGUCGCGCACGAGGCGGUGACGCUGGCUGGCAGCAUUCCGCGUCGCGCGCGACUGAGCACGGAGAACCCGCAGCUGAAGGCGUAUGCGCAGAUGCUGGAGGCGCAGCAGACGCAGAUCGCGUCUGACGUGGGCGUGACGUCAGAUCGCAUUGUGUACAGCUACAAGCAUGCGAGCAACGGGUUUGCAGCAUCGCUGUCGCAGCAGCAGGUGUGGCGGCUGCGGCGGCACCCGGCAGUGGCGGCAGUGACGCGCAGCCGCAGCGUCGCGCCCCUCUCCAUCGACUCCCCCACGUUCCUCCGCAUGGGCGCCCGCGGGUCGCUGUGGCCCGCCAAUGGCGGGCAGGCGAGUGCGGGCGAGGGCAUGGUGAUAGGCGUGGUGGACUCGGGCAUCUGGCCCGAGCACCCCUCCUUCACCGAUGCCGGUUUCCCCUCCUCGCGCCCUGCUGGCUGGUCAGGGAAGUGCCAUGUGACGAGGGAGUUCAAGUGCAACAACAAGGUCAUCGGCGCAAGGGCCUUCUACGAGGGCUUCAGAGAGGAGUACGGCGACCUAAACCUGACCAGCGAUUGGUUGUCGCCCCGAGAUUCGUACGGCCACGGCACGUGGUGUGCAGGUGCGGCAGCAGGCAACAAGGACGUGCCCGUGGCCGGCGGCGGCAGGGCGAGCGGCAUGGCGCCAGCAGCGCGCCUCGCAGUCUACAAGGUCUUUUGGUAUAAUCCGGACCACAAGACCUUGUACCGUGCCUCACGUGCCGACAUUUUCGCUGCAGUGGACCAGGCGGUAGCGGACGGUGUAGAUGUCAUCUCAAUCUCUAUCGGCGGCGUGAAUCAGGAGGACACUUCUUCCACAUGCCGUACCUCAAUGCCAAUCUCGCCGGGGUGUUUGUGGCGUACGGUGCAGGCAACGAUGGUCCUCCCCGCCCCUCUGGCCGCACUAUUGCAAACUUCUCUCCCUUCUACCUCACUGUGGGGGCAAG